AUGGCCACGUCCCCGGGCAGUAGCAGCGGCAGCAGCAGUAGCAGCAGCGGUGUCUCGUCGUCCGCCUCUCCCCCCGGGGCGCUGGGCGCGGGCGCGGCGCUCGACAUCCGCACGCGCUCAGUGGAGCAGACUCUCGUGCCGCUCGUGUCGCAGAUAACUACUCUCAUUAACCAUAAAGAUAAACCAAAGCGGUCCGACAAGACACUGCAAGCAAUUCAGCGAGUGGGCCAAGCUGUUAACCUUGCUGUUGGAAGAUUUGUUACAGUAGGUGAAGCCAUCGCAAAUGAAAAUAGAGAAUUGAAAGAGGAAAUGAAUAUUGCUUGCAUUGAGGCAAAAAGAGCAGGUGAAACAAUUGCACAUCUUACAGAUGUAGCUAACUUGGAUCAUCCAGAAUCUGAUGGCCGGAUAACAAUUUUUACAGACAAAACGCAAGUGGUAAAAGCUGCAAGACUGCUGCUUUCUUCAGUGACAAAGGUGCUGGUAUUGGCAGACAGAAUAGUUAUUAAGCAAAUUAUAACGUCCAGAAACAAGGUUCUUGCAACAAUGGAACAGCUAGAGAAAGUGAGUAGUUUCCAAGAGUUUGUGCAAAUAUUCAGUCAGUUUGGAAAUGAAAUGGUGGAGUUCGCCCAUUUAACUGGAGACCGACAAAAUGAUUUGAAGGAUGAAAAGAAAAAGGCCAGAAUGGCAGCAUCUAGGGCAGUUCUUGAAAAAUGUACCAUGAUGCUGCUUACUGCUUCAAAGACAUGUCUGAGACAUCCUGACUGUGAAUCUGCUCGUGUAAACAAAGAAGGAGUAUUUCAUCGAAUGAGACUAGCUUUGGAGCAAGUAAUAGAGAUUGUAACUGACUCUAGACCCAAUGGAGAAAAUGACAUGGCCCCUCUCAGUAUAUACACUGGCGUCAAAGAAUUCAAGAAUAAGGUGGAAGGUCUACGGGAGAACCUUUAUUUUCCCUCUAAGGAGAAUCUUUCAACAAUGUUGGAACUCAUCCUGGAACACACAGAGGAUUUUACUGAUUCUGCCUAUACCAGCCAUGAGCACAGAGAACGCAUUUUGGAGCUGUCCAAGCAAUCUAAAAUGGAACUAGAGCAUCUGGUUUCAGUGUGGAUGCAAGCUCAGAACCAGAGAAUGAAGGACAUUACAGAGGACUUAGAAGUAGCUAUUUUAAAAACAUGCCAGUGCAUAAAUGAACUUAAAAGAGAACUUCAUAGUGCAGCCACAUCAAUGGCAGCAGAGCUGUUAAAAUACCAUGCGGAUCAUAUGGUUUUGAAGACGCUGAAAAUCACAGGAGUAGAAGGAAAUCUGGAAGCUGUAGCAGAAUAUACUUGUAAGCUGUCAGAGCAGAAAGAGCAGCUUGUUGAGAUGUGUCGUUUGUUGAGGCAUGUUUCUGGAACAGAGCCACUUGAAAUUACUUGCAUACAUGCAGAAGACACCUUUCGGGUCACCGGCCCACAGAUCAUUUCUGCUGCAGAAACAUUGGCACUACAUCCAUCUAGUAAGAUUGCAAAAGAAAAUCUUGAUGUAUUUUGUGAGGCUUGGGAGUCCCAACUGAGCGACAUGUCCAUAUUGUUAAGAGAAAUUAAUGAUGUGUUCGAGGGGAGAAGAGGAGAGAAGCGUGUGUACCUAUCACUGCCCAGACCAGGGAAGCACAAUGCAAAUCUGAAAGCAUUAAAGCCAGUCAAACUUGAUGCUGAGGAACAAGCAAAAAUUGCAAAACUUGGAGUAGAACUGCAUUUGCUCACUUCGGAUAUAGACUCGAAGACAGAGAAAUGGGAGGACCAGGAAAAUGAGAUUGUGCAAUAUGGGCAAAGCAUGUCCAGCAUGGCCUACUCCAUGUACUUAUUUACCAGAGGAGAAGGGCUGCUGAAAACUACUCAGGAUUUAUUUCAUCAAGCAGAGAUUUUUGCUACAGAGGCCACAAAGCUUGUUUCAACUCUCCAUGCCUUUUCUAAUCAGCUAGAAGAUGAUGACAAGCCUUUGCUUCUGUUGGAGAUUGACAGGCUAAUACCUGUAUGCCAGCAGCUCCAGAUAACAGCUAAAACCACUGUUCAGGGAAAAAAUGCUACUUUUAUAAAGGUGGAUGCAUGUAUCCAGAAAACAACGGUUGUGAUGACUAUAUUGUCCCAAAUUCUUCCACUUUGCUACAAGUUACUGAGAAAGCAAAAAGCAGGGAAUGGUAUGCGAUCUCCUCCCCCCUGGAGGGAGAACAGAAUUCAAACAAAAAUAAAUGAAGAGAGUCUGGAAGGGAAAACAGAAGCCUUUGGAGUCAUAUCCUUGGAACAUCAUGUAGCAAAUCUGACAUUUUUAGAGAGUAAAUAAUUCUAGCACUUAGGAAUGUAGGAAUUCCUUAUGGAAAUUAUAAGCUUGCUGAGUUUCAAGGUUGCUUUCUUUUGUGAAAGGUAAAAUCGGGAUAAAUGAAUUCAAACUGUUGUGACCUUUUCACAUCUAAUAGAUGUCAUGGUACUUAACAGUAGUAUUUGCAACAUCAGUUAGUUUAAUUGCUGUGUAUUUUUAUAGUGUGGGUAUGUUUCCUUUUGCUCACCAUUAAUACUGCUAUUUUUGUAAGAAAUACUUGUGAAUGUCUUAAUGAAAGUUUCAACCCAAAGAUGCUGCUAAUGGACACUUAUGCAGAGAAACUAAAUGGCUCUAAAUAUGCUAUGUGUAACUAGUACUGUUAAAGUUUGUCAAAGUAUCAUCUCUGGCCUGUUUCAGUCUAUAUAUUUGCUAAAGCAGCAUCAGGAAGAUAGUCUGGAAGGUUUUGGCCUAAAGCACUGAGAAAUGUUGUUAUCUUCAUUAUGUGGUAUUUCUGCAAUGAAGACCUAUUGUAAAACCUCACACUGUUUCUGCAAUACAUCUGUCAACUUAUAUUUAGGUUAGAUAAUUGAUUUAAAUGUCAACAAUUCUUAUGUUGUCAAUUUGAGUCAAUGAAGCAUUUACCUCCCCAGAAAACUGCAUUUCCAGUGGAUUAAUACUUUAGUCAAGAAUUAAUUUUCUUUCUUUGUAAUCUCUUUAUCUAUAGAUAGCAGCCCUUGUGGCUUCCUUUGAUUUUAUCAAAACUUAAUGAAUAGAAUUUGAAAUGCAAGUGAAAAUUACUGAAGUUUUAAUUUCGAAUGUAUGCCAUAUUGAAGUUCCCUAAAAUAGAUUUUUACAAUGCAACAUUUAAAAUUCUAUUUAAAGCUACUUUGGAGUCAUAUAAUGCCCUUUGUGCAGUGAUUGGACAUCAUUUCUACCAAAGCACCCUGUCACCACCUGCGAAAACACAUUCAAACAAAUGUAGGGAAUGUAUGCUUACUCUACAUACAUGGAUCCCAGUGAUUAUUUUGUUGGUCCUGUAUUUCAAAACUCAUUGUUUGAUCUCAUUUCUUACACUUAGUUUUAUUGUACUUGUUUUAUUACUUUGAGGGCUGUAGGGUAUCCUGGAGGUUCAAGACCCAAGUACAUUUAAUUCUUGCAGGACACAGUUGUGCUGUCUGCAAGUCCUUUGCUGGCAAUGGACAUUACGUUUAGGAAAGUUUGAUUUUUAUAGCAUUAAAGAAACAAUGAAACCCU